UCACACCUCGAUCCCCCAGCGGCGGCUUCGCAGGUCCGACCCGCGCCGCAGUGGCCGGAGAUGCAGCGGGGUGCCGCGUUGUGCCUACGCCUGUGGCUCUGCCUCGGACUCCUCCACAGCAAACGCGGUCUGGUGAGUGGCUACUCCAUGACCCCGCCGACCCUGAAUAUCACAGAGGAGACAUACGUCAUUGACUCUAGUGACAGCCUGUCCAUCUCCUGCAGGGGGCAGCACCCUCUCGAGUGGGCCUGGCCAGGGGCUCAGGAGGCACCCGCCACAGGGGCAAAGCACAGCGAGGACACGGGGUUCGUGCGAGACUGCGAGGGCACAGACGCCAGGCCCUACUGCAAGGUGGUGCUGCUGCGUGAGGCCCAUGCCAACAACACGGGCAGCUACCGCUGCUACUACAAAUACAUCAAGGCCCGCAUCGAGGGCAUGACCGCAGCCAGCACCUACGUAUUCGUGAGAGACUUGGAGCAACCAUUCAUCAAUAAGCCGGACACACUCCUGGUCAACAGGAAAGAUUCCAUGUGGGUGCCCUGCCUGGUGUCCAUCCCGGGCCUCAACAUCACGCUGCGCUCGCAAAGCUCGGUGCUACUGCCCGAUGGGCAGGAGGUGGUGUGGGACGACCGCCGCGGCAUGCGCGUGCCCACUCCACUGCUGCGCGACGCCCUGUACCUGCAGUGCGAGACCAGCUGGGGCAGCCAGACCUUCCUAUCCAACCCUUUCGUUGUGCACAUCACAGGCAAUGAGCUCUAUGAUAUCCAGCUGUUCCCCAAGAAGUCAGUGGAGCUGCUGGUCGGGGAGAAGCUGGUCCUGAACUGCACCGUGUGGGCCGAGUUCAACUCUGGCGUUACCUUCGACUGGGACUAUCCAGGGAAGCAGGCAGAGCGGGCGAAGUGGGUGCCAGAGCGGCGCUCCCAGCAGACGCACACAGAGCUCUCCAGCAUCCUGACCAUCUACAAUGUCAGCCAGCAUGACCUGGGCCCGUACGUGUGCGAGGCCAACAACGGCAUCCAGCGCUUCCGGGAGAGCACCGAGGUCAUUGUGCACGAAAAGCCCUUCAUCAGCGUUGAGUGGUUCAAGGAUCCCGUUCUGGAGGCCACAGCAGGAGACGAGCUGGUGAAGCUGCCUGUGAAACUGGCAGCGUACCCCCCACCGGAGUUCCAAUGGUACAAGGACAGAAAGGCUGUGUCGGGGCGCCACAGUCCACAUGCCCUGGUCCUCAAGGAUGUGACAGAGGCCAGUGCGGGCAUCUACACCCUCGCCCUGUGGAACUCCGCGGCUGGUCUGAGGCGCAACAUUAGCCUGGAGCUGGUGGUGAAUGUGCCCCCCCACAUCCAUGAGAAGGAGGCCUCCUCCCCUAGCAUCUACUCCCGCCACAGUCGCCAGGCCCUCACUUGUACUGCCUACGGGGUGCCCCCUCCUCUCAGCGUCCAGUGGCACUGGCGGCCAUGGACGCCCUGCAAGACCUUUGCCCAGCGCAGCACCCGGCGGCAACAGCGAGACCGCAUGCCACAGUGCCAGGACUGGAGGGAGGUGACCAUGCAGGGCGCCGUGAACCCCAUUGAGAGCCUGGACACCUGGACUGAGUUUGUGGAGGGGAAGAAUAAGACGGUGAGCAAGCUGGUGAUCCAGGACGCCAAUGUGUCCGCCAUGUACAAGUGUGUGGUCUUCAACAAAGUGGGCCAGGACGAGCGGCUCAUCUACUUCUACGUGACCACCAUCCCUGAUGGCUUCAGCAUUGAAUGGGAGCCGUCAGAGGAGCCCCUAGAGGGCCAGGCCGUGCGCCUGAGCUGCCGGGCGGACAACUACACUUAUGAGCAUCUGCGUUGGUACCGCCUCAACCUGUCCACAUUGCACGAUGCCCACGGGAACCCGCUGCUGCUCGACUGCAAGAACGUGCACCUAUUUGCUACGCCCCUGGCCGCCACCCUGGAGGAGGCCGUGCCGGGUGAACGCCACUCCACGCUCAGCCUGACCAUCCCACAUGUGGAGCCCGAGCAUGAAGGAGACUAUGUGUGCGAGGUGCAAGACCGUCGCAGCCACGACAAGCAUUGCCACAAGAAGUACCUGUCAGUGCAGGCCCUGGAAGCCCCGCGGCUCAUGCAGAACUUGACUGACCUCCUGGUGAACGUGAGCGACUCCCUGGAGAUGCGGUGCCCAGUGGCUGGGACGCACAUGCCCAGCAUCGUGUGGUACAAAGACGAGAGGCUGCUGGAGGAAGAGUCCGGAAUUGACCUGGCUGACUCGAACCAGAAGCUGAGCAUCCAGCGCGUGCGCGAGGAGGACGCGGGCCACUAUCUGUGCAGUGUGUGCAACGCCAAGGGCUGUGUCAACUCUUCUGCCAGCGUGGCUGUAGAAGGCUCCCAGGAUAAAGGCAGCAUGGAGAUCAUAAUCCUUGUGGGCACUGGGGUCAUCGCGGUCUUCUUCUGGUUGCUGCUCCUCCUUAUCUUCUGUAACAUGAGGAGGCCAGCCCACGCAGACAUCAAGACCGGCUACCUGUCCAUUAUCAUGGACCCUGGGGAGGUGCCUCUGGAGGAGCAGUGUGAAUACCUGUCCUAUGAUGCCAGCCAGUGGGAGUUCCCCCGGGAGCGGCUGCACCUCGGGAGAGUCCUGGGCCAUGGAGCCUUCGGGAAGGUGGUGGAAGCCUCUGCUUUCGGAAUCAACAAGGGCAGCAGCUGUGACACUGUGGCUGUGAAAAUGCUGAAAGAGGGCGCCACAGCGAGCGAGCACCGAGCUCUGAUGUCGGAACUCAAGAUCCUUAUCCACAUCGGUAACCACCUCAACGUGGUCAACCUCCUGGGGGCGUGCACCAAGCCUAACGGACCCCUCAUGGUGAUCGUGGAGUUCUGCAAGUAUGGCAACCUCUCCAACUUCUUGCGCGCCAAGCGGGAGGCCUUCAGCCCCUACACGGAGAAAUCUCCUGAACAGCGAAGGCGCUUCCGCGCCAUGGUGGAGGGCGCCAAGGCCGACCGGAGGAGGCCCGGGAGCAGCGACAGGGCCCUCUUCACACGGCUGCUGAUGGGCAAGGGCGGGGCGGGGCGGGCCCCUCCAGUCCAAGAAGCCGAAGACCUGUGGCUGAGCCCGCUGACCAUGGAAGACUUGGUCUGCUACAGCUUCCAGGUGGCCCGAGGGAUGGAGUUCCUGGCCUCCCGCAAGUGCAUCCACAGAGACCUGGCUGCUCGGAACAUCUUGCUAUCAGAAAGUGACGUGGUGAAGAUCUGUGACUUUGGCCUGGCCCGGGACAUCUACAAAGACCCCGACUACGUGCGCAAAGGCAGUGCCCGGCUGCCCCUGAAGUGGAUGGCGCCUGAGAGCAUCUUUGACAAGGUGUACACCACGCAGAGCGAUGUGUGGUCCUUUGGGGUGCUGCUCUGGGAGAUCUUCUCCCUGGGGGCCUCCCCGUACCCUGGAGUGCAGAUCAAUGAGGAGUUCUGCCAGCGGCUGAAAGAGGGCACCCGGAUGAAGGCCCCAGAGCUGGCCACUUCUGCCAUACGCCGCCUCAUGCUGAGCUGCUGGUCCGGGGACCCCAAGGAGAGGCCUGCAUUCUCGGAGCUCGUGGACAUCCUGGGGGACCUGCUCCAGGGUGGGUGCCAGCAGGGGGAGGAGGAGCACUGCUUGGCGCCCUGCGGCUCGAGCUCGGAGGAGGGCAGCUUCCUGCAGGCGUCCACCGUGGCCCUCCAUGUCCCUGAGGCCGAUGACGCUGAGGAGAGCAGCCCAUGGAGCCUGCACAGCCUGGCCUCCAGAUAUUACAAUUGUGUGUCCUUUCCCGGGUAUCUGGCCAGAGGGACCCAAGGUCCCUCCAGGAUGAAAACAUUCGAAGAAUUUCCCAUGACCCCAACGACCUACAAGGCCUCUGGAGAUAACCAGACAGACAGUGGAAUGGUGCUGGCCUCUGAGGAGUUUGAGCGGCUGGAGAGCAGGCACAGACAAGAAGGCGGCCUCAGCAGCUGUAAAGGACCCAGCUGGAAUGUGGACGUGACCAGGGCGCACCCUGACACCCAGGGGCAGCAGCCGCAGCUUGACCGGGGCGCCCACGGAGGCCAGGUGUUCUACAACAGCGAGUACGGGGAGCUGGCCGGGCCACGUGGGGAGGGCGAUUGCACCCCGUCAGCCCGAGCACCCUUCUUUGAAGACAACAGCGACUAAGGAGGCUGGGGCAAGGCCCACAGGUCCCUGGCCUCACACAGUUGUCAGGCCAUGCCUGGAGGGGUGUACAAAGGGCUGGAGGCCCAGGCUGGAACUCAUCUCCUUUGGUUCAGCUGGGAGGCAUUUCCUUAUCCCUGUUUACACCCUUCCUAGCUACGAUAGCAAAACCCAGGCUCCAGGGCUCCCCAAAUGCCAUCACCAGGGCUGCCCCACGGGCCCCCAGGGCUCUUCUCCUUUCAGAUCACAUUCCAUUUAGUUCAUUGUCCACAGGGCCCGCCCUGGGCCAGGCACUCCCACAGGAAUGCCCCUCUGAUUGCCUCUGCUCACCACGGUGGGUGGUGGCGUGAGCCCUGUUUUCUGACAGUCACAGAGUGAUCUAGGUGGAGCCAGACUUGAGCUGCAACCUCCCAGCUGCCUCCCCAAACACUGUCCCUCCACGCAGCCUUCCCUUCCCUGGGGAAGGUCUUCACUUGCCUCUCCAGGGCUGAAGAGAGUGUGCCAUAUCCUUGUCUCAAAGCACAAAUGAGGGAUGGAGGGAGGGGAGUCCUCCUCUGAGCCCAGCCAAACAGCUAGCCAUCUGGGGGGCAGUGGUCCCUGCAGUGCUGCCAGUGACAACCGCCUUCCCCUGCCUGUGAGAACGCCUCUACACAUUUUUUUUCAUUAGAACUUCAGGGACUGUUGGAGCUGCUGUGAAUUUACUUUUCAGAACUUCAGUUUGUAGGGAGCCCAGGGAAGGUCUUUCUGAAUCUAGGUGAUUCUUGCCUCUGACCUGCAGUUGGUGCCAUUAUAGCAGAAGCAACCGUGGCCUCAGCCCCCUUGCCUGGCCCAGAAUUGGAAGGAGCAGCUGAUGGUCUAAGGCAGCCCCAUUUGAGAGACGCCUGGCUCUUCCCUCCAGGGCUUGGGUCUGCCACCGAAGGCACAUCCCACACUGUGAAUGUCCUAAUGAGAGGUGAACACCAUGGAUUCUACCCAGGAAGGCUUCAGGGCAAGCCCAGAAGACCAACCCAGCAUUGCUCCAUGCCACAAGGCAAUCAGAGGCCGUUCUCAUGGCCUCAGGGGGACCUGUCUUCUGCGCCCCCCCCCCGCCCCCCGUCCUGACGUCAGUGACUUGGCAUUUCAAACCUUUGCCUUCAUGGGAGAGCAGCCGAGGACCCUCUGCAGUCUUCUCAGCAACCCCAUCCCAGCUCACACUGCCCAGCCACCCCAACCCAUGGCAGGAGAAAGACCCUCUUCCCAGUUAGCAGCACAGAGAUUGACACCCAACCCUACCCCAUGAGACGCUUGCAGGACAGGCGGCCAUGCAGCAAGCAGGGGCUUGCCCACAGACUCCCCCCUUGUGUAUUGUUCCUUGCGUUUAUGUCCAGCGCACCUGUGACUGAUCCUCGCUGCCCCCAAUGGACCUGCUCCUUUGAAGUCACCUGACUGUGAGACUUGGGUCUCAGGUUUACUGGUGGAGGGGUCCAGAGGCUGUUAGAGGAGCCAUGCAUGUGAUGGAGGUACAGGGCCUGGCCCCCAGGCCCGUCCCCAUGUACACGCCAGCUGUCUGUGUCACCUCCCCUUCUGUCACAACUGCACACAUAAAAAUGUGCUGGGAAGGAAACCUAAAGAAAGCCCUGUACACAUGUGCUCCGAAAAGUUCUAAACUAUUUAACAGGAUAAUAAUAAAUCUGAUGCCAG